UACAUCUUUGUUAAUAAGACAUCAUCUUCAUAUAUAACCAAAGUGCUAAUGAGAUGUUAUCCUUCAAAUUAGUUUAAGCAAUGAAUUGCAAAGAAGUCUUGAGAAAAAGCCAACACCCAGGUUUCUGAGUAUAUAAUCGCCCCACCAAAGAAUUUAAUUUUCAAACUCAGCAUGUUGAGUCCUUAUGACCAUCUUUAAUGAAGGAUUUUAGCAUAUGCCUCAUAGCCACUGCCGUUCACUCAGGAGCUUCCACAAUGCCCCACCACUCUCUGCCAUCACACAUGGCACUAAUCCUAUAAGCUUUGAAGAUGGAUUGUGUUUGCCCAGCAGCUUCCAUAGCAGAACCUGGCUCCUGGACAACUUUCAAGAAACCUGCAAUGAAACCACCAGCUGCCAAAUGACCAAUUGUGAACAGGACUUAUUCACAGACGAUAGCUGUGUGCAAAGUAACUGCCUCCCCGGAGUUGUCCAAACUACUUACUCCAAUUCCAGGCCCUGAGAAAGGACAGCGUGCCAAUCGGAAAGUUCUUCAGCAGGGCUGGCUUGUGUUUCUCAGCCUUGCCAAUCAGAAAGCACUCAGCAGAUGGGUUUUGUAGCCCAGAGCUGCCAACCUGCAAGCCUCAAGGGAAACAGUUGCCCACCCAAGACUUCUGAGUCUAAAAAUUUCCAAACUCUGGAAUGUGCAUCUAGCCAACGUCAGUCUCAGAACCCUGAAUCCAGUUCCUGUAGACCUCUGGCCAGUGUUGCACCUGAGCCACAACUCCUGGAAUCUUCUUCCAGCACUUAUGAACCAACUUGCUGUGUUACUGGUGGUUUUCAAUUGCCUAGUAAGUGA